ACAGGGAAGCUGCUCUAAUUGUGUCUAAACGAAUGCUGGCAGAAUAUUAUGUUAAAAGCAGUUCAGAAAAAGAAGACAGCAGAAAGGUGUUGACACUUGAACCAUAUGAGAAUGAGACCCAUUUUGGAAAAAGCAAUGCCAGGCAAACAUUGGAGCUUGAAGGGAGUGGCCUAGCCACCAGAAAGGUUUCUUGGUUGUUUUAUCCUUAUUUGGGAAAUGUAGAAAACAACCUUUUGUUGGAGGUAGUACAAGAUGCCUUGUGGUUUGGGCCAAUCAAAGAAGAAUAGUACACCAAGAUUGGUAAGGCUAUUGCGGUAUUAGCCCAUGGAGCGAUGUGUUAUGUUAUGUUCUGUUCCUUCAAGGAGCUAAUCAAAGACAAGGAUUACAAUACUGUUGGCGAAAGUGUGUUUAAAAGUAUUGUUAAGUUUGUCUUGAGUGUUUUUGAUAUGGAAGAUUUUGAGAGAAUAUUUGAUCAGAGUGUGGUUGAGGAUGAGUACUCAAAAUUAUGUGAAAUUCUUGACUCUUGUAAAUGUGAUCCUCUUGUAGCUAUUGCUGAGGGGAAGGUGAAAGUUGAUCAAUUUUCCACGCUAAGGGAACAUGAUCUUUGUGGCACUAUACGACAACAUAAAUGUAGUGCCGAAAGAAAGGUGAAAGCUGAUCAAUUUUCCAAACUGCGGGAACAUGAUAUUUAUGAUGACAGAACAGAGGUUCUUCGUCCAUGGGUUUUUCCUAUUUUUGGUCCCGAGUGGAAUGAUAUUAGCCCAAACGAAGUAGCAAUUGCAUUGGAGAUGCUUAGGAAUUAUGAGCCUCUGAAGUUGCUGUACUUCCAGGAAGCUGUAAUUUUUCCUUUAUCAGAUGGUUGCUUUGGACCUUUUACAGAUGAGUUCAUUGAAGUGAUUAAAAUUGCUGAUCAUGAGAGAAGAAUGCAAGGUGAUCGUUUCAUCAGUGUAAAGCAUCUUUUGUUUGGCCUUUCACUUUCAAGUGUUCGUAGAUGUGUUGAGAUGAUGCUCCGUGGUAGAGUGCUAGAUUAUACGGGUCAAUUAGCUUUGAAGCUCUCAUCGUUUAGCAUUUACAAGUUAUCGCGCGAUGCAGCUACCAUUCUUGGUGAUAAGAAUGUUGGACUUGAGCACUUGGUUCUGGCAAUUUUCUAUGGAAAGCAAGAAAAUGAUCGUACAGGGACGGCUGCACAGGAUGAUUGCAGUUCUUUGUUCUUCGACGAGAAGAAAUGGGAUGAUUACCUCUUGAAACAUUUAAGAUACAGGGAUGAGUGUGAUUUUGCAAGCUUCAAUGACAGUGAUUUUUUCAGAUCAUUGCUACCCGAAGAUUGUUUGUCUUUUGGUAGACCGGCGGCAUUAUGUGGCUUUUCUAUCAAGGAUGAGCUGCACAAGGCUUUAAAGUCUGGCUUGAAGUUGAACGCUAUUCGGGGGUAGAAUUAUUACCUUCCCUUUUGUGGGCUGGUCUGGCUUCCACUGUAUAUGCUGUUUGAUACAUCACGAAUGCCCCUGUGAAUAUGGCUGGAAGGUUAUUAUUACUUUCGAAAUAGGAAUAUAUAUUGCAAGUGAAGCCCGUGUUUGAUUUA